AUGUUCAAGUUCCGUCCUGAGGUGACGCAGGAGCACAAGGACACAUUUGUCCGAGAGCUCAGGAAGUUGAAAGAACUCGAUUGUGUGAAAGGACACCGUCUAGUAGUUGGAGGGCCCUCUGUGACGGACCCUAUUGAGAGAACUAAAGGCUUCGAAAUUGCGCUUCUCAGCUUCCACGAGAAUCUGGGAGAGCUGGAGAAAUAUCAAGCUAGCAAAGAGCAUCAUUGGGUCACCAGUACAUACAUGUUCCCCUAUAAGGAGGACCUGGUGCGCUUUGAUUUUGAAGUUGCUCCUGAAGAUGAAUAUAUGUGGCACUUCUUGCCUGUGAAGGGAAUGAAUGGGGCUAACGGCGUCAACGGUCAUGAAACCCAGUGA